AUGCGAGCCUUGACCGAUGACGAGACCAGGCUGGUCUUUGAAAAGCUGAAGAAGUACAUUGGACAGAACCUGCGACAGAUGGUCGACAGAGCCGAUGGCAUUUUUCUCUUCAGACUACAUAAGGAGCGUGUCUUCUACAUGAGCGAGCGGCUACUGAAACAUGCCGGUCACAUCCCGAAGAAGGAACUGCUCAGUGCUGGCGUUUGCAUUGGCAAGUUCACUCACAGCCGGAAGUUUCGGCUGCAGAUUACCGCCCUGGACUAUUUGGCGCGCUUGGCCCAGUACCGGGUGUGGCUGAAGCCAUCUGGAGAGCAACACUUCGUCUAUGGCAACCACGUGGUGAAGGCUCUGGAGAGCUCGCUGUGCUGA